GUGAGGCGACGACGCAUACGCAUGCAACGUCGGCGCCAAGGAAUCGAGGAAAACUGUUAACAUUGACAGCGUAUAUCCUGCAGCGGCGUUCAGAAAAUAUCGAGCUUCGCGAGCGUCGUGGAGCCGAUACCUUAGACGUAUUAGUAGGGUACUCGAGGAGUCCAGAAUCACUCUGCAGUUAGCCAGCAUCGAAUCGGCAUCAUGCGCGUCCACACGACCGUUCUUGUUUCCAUAGCGAUCAUCAUUGUCUCCGAGUGGCAUCGGUCCGAAGGGUACCUCGCCAGAGCACGGGUUCCCGUAAAAGAUGGUAAAUGCCAGCACAACGGGACGGAAGUAUCACAAUCUGAGCCUCUGAAACUGGAGCAUCCCUGCGAGGAAUGGAGUUGUCACUUGAAAACUGCAGAAGCCGGUGAAGUCGUUCUAGCAGGUUGCGGCGUCGUCCGUCCAGGUCCAGGUUGUGUUACUGUCAAAGGCACUGGCGUCUAUCCGGAAUGCUGCGUCAAGAUUGUGUGCAACUGACUGCACCUCACAUAAUAAUAGUCACUUGAUAAAUGAUAAGAGGAGAGUCGAGAAAGCCACCUGUGGCUUUGGUUCUUUUUUUUCGGUUAGAAGAUUUUUAGCUAAGCACGAACUUCGUCACAUGUAGUCAUGCGCUUAGCAUAGACCUACUUUGGUGCACAUUUAAAGCUUAAACUUUUUUGACACAAAAAUUGCGGUUACGUGCACCAGAGCUGCGAAGGUGCCGAAAUACGCCAUUUAAAGGAAGAGGAGGAAUUUGAUUUGUACGAAUUCGGUCUGAGCUAAUCUAACCUGCUAAGCUCUGCGCUGGGAAAGGGGAAAAGACCACGAAAGAGGGAUGGGGAAUGAUGAUGACGACAAGAAUAGUGCUGCGAUGAAUCCUAGUGAACAUAUCAGCAUACUUGAAUCCCAGUCUUGAGUGCAGUCUUGUGUUGGAGAGAUUGCGCCAUGGCUUGUACUGUUAGUCAAAAGUCGCUUGUGUUACUGCCCGUCUGUGUCUGCCCGUACUUUGCUUCAGGUCAUCAGUAGCAGAAAGUUCAAGCAUGCAGCCACAGAGAAGUGUUUGUAGUCAUGCAGAAAACGAGCGCCCUUACUAUAAAUUAUAAGCAAAGGAUACCAAUAAACUAUUUUUAUUCGACUUUUGUAUCUUUCUGCAAAUAGCUUUGAGCAGCAAUAAACUAUUUUUGUUCGA